CUUAACAUUGCAGCUAUCUUUGAAAAAAGAGCAAGUUAGCGCCAUACGGGAAUCUCAAGCCGUUUUACUCUUCUGUCAGAUGGAAUAUGCUGAGCACACUGAUGUCACACUGAACACUGCUUUUGACAAUUUGACCAAGGGAGAUAAAUAUAUGAUAGUUAACAUCGGCGAAGAAACAAUGGAUAUCACUGUACAUUCGAGAGCAAAUUUGGGAAAACAUUUGGACCAUUUUGUUUUCCAAUAUACAGGCCCCGGAGGAGGCAACAGUGUCAACAGAAAAUUGGUAGAUCUUCUAAGAAGAAAUUACAGUAGCUAUUUUGAACAGUCAAGGAAUCCUGAUAUUAACCAGUAUUUCAUAAAUCAAUUCCAAUACUUUAUACGAAAACCAGAAACACAGAUGAUACAACUCCAUGCUCCAGGAAUGGGCAAGGAAAUGGUUAUAAACGCUGAAGAGCUUGACAGUCUUUUCGAUGAACCUAUUAAACAGAUACUUCAAAAUCUGAAGGACGUUUUCAAUAAGGAGAAGGUUCAUGAAGUAAAUCUAGUGGGUGGAUUUGCAGAAUGUUUAAGGGUUCAGUCCGCAGUUUUAGACUUUUUAAAGGACAAAAAUGUCCUUGUACCCACAAAACACGACAUCCUCAUGCUUAAAGGUGGUAUCUUUUAUUUAAAGCAGUUGGUAAACAAAUCAUUGGAGACUUAUGAAGUAACGAUUUAAAAUUGAAUUUUAUUAGAAUUGAAGCUUUACUUCAUAUCUGUUAUGUACCUUGUAUACCAGUCCUGUAGGUUUCAUAUUAAUGUACAUGUAAC